AUGAACAGAAAUGAUGCACCUGUCAGUAUUGAGCCCCCAGUUGACCACAGUACGAUCAGCUCACAACUACGGCAAAAAACAGAUGACGUCCAGACCUCCUCUUUGUGCAGAAAUCUUCAAGCAAAAACCGAUCAAACAGCACAAGACACGUUGUAUAAGUUCAGGAAGUCAAGUGAGAGCUGCUCAGUCAUUUUGACUCAUCAAAAACAGUUUCAUUGUGACAGCCCUGCAGGAACUGAGAACAUCCCAGAGCGUAAUAUUUCACCUGCCACCCAGGAAAACCAAGUUGACGCAGCUAUAAAAGCGGUCGAAAGGACAAAAGUACAAAAUGACGAGAAGGCAGAGGUUAAUGGUACCAGUAAGUUGGCCUCGUGUGAGAAGAUACUUGAAAUGGAGACUGAAGCUCUUGGUCUGCACAAGACUGAAGGAAUUAAAACAUUGAAGACAAGUGAUCUAGAAAACAAAGUCCCCAGUGAAGUAACUGGGGAUACUUGUAAUUUAGGGAGGGAAACGAAAGAGCCCACAUCAACACUGGUGGAAAAAACUAGCUCAGAUACACAAAAACUGAAGUCAGGUGUGUUUGACACAGAUCUUUCAGAGCAAACACAAACCUUGGAAAACAUAACGUCUCUUAAACCCAUCAAAGACUCAAAACAACACCCAAAAGCUGAACCAAAAGUAAUAUCUAUUGCUGAAAUUAUGAGGUCGCAAAUUAAAGCUCUUGAGUCAGUGCAAGCCAACUCAGGAUCCAGCACACCAGCUCAGGCUAACUUAGCUCAAGGUCUGACAGUAACAGCAGGAGCCUCUCAGGAAGGAGGUGAAAACAUAAAACACAACAGAGAAUCAAAUGUUUUCAAGCCUGACAAUAAAACUGAAGAAAGCCCCAAAUGUCUGCCUCUCACAAACCUAAAGGCAACACUUGUGAAGAUUGAUCAACCACUAGAUGAGAAGAAAGAACAAGCUGCAACGUCAACCCCGGCUCAGCCUUUGAAUGAGCUUCCUGUCUCUUUCAGAAGCACGGACACACCCAGAACAGAGCUUCAUGGAAGAAAUGACGAUGAAGCUGAAAACGAUUCCUCUUUGGGUUCUGAUUCCAGGUCUAAAGGUUUGAAAGACACACUUCUUUCUUUAACUUCUAAGGACAAAAUUACUGAAACGCUUCAGUCAGUUUUAAAACAAUCUAAAACUAUGAGUCAGAAAUUUGAGUCUCCAGUUAGAGAGACACACAUCAAGGCCAGUUUUCAAGAGACAAACGUUACAAUUUUGGAGCACAUCAAAGAUCAAACUGUUCAAAACCCCAACACAGGAUUUAUACAAACACAAGUUCCCGCCAAAUGUCUUGACAGCAAAGUAGAAACAAGACUUGAAGAAGUUGACAUACCUCUUCCAAGUCAACUCAAAAUGGACAACGCAAACACCGCUUCUUCACUCGGGUUGCAAACAGAUCGUACUGAAAGCAAACCUAGCCCCGCCAAGCAAGAAAAUGAUUCUCAGGUUGUCCAGCAGGAGAGCUCAGAGGUUAAAGACCAUCUAAGAUCGGAGUUCUUGAACAAUCUGUCUCCAGAGCCAAGUCCACUUGUAAGGAGCAAAAACUGUAUUUCUCCUGUCCCGUCUGCGAGUCUGAAAGAGCUGGCCUCUGGGGCCCGACGCAAACUCUCAACACCCUCAACCAAACCUGAGGAGGCCCACGUGGCCACGUCGUCCACAGACAACCAAACUCAGACAAAGGGAUCAUCUGUGAAAGGCACCAAGAUGUCCACCAGCACUGCGUCUCCCAGCCCGUCUCGACGGCCUCUUCUUCUGCAGCCGGCUGGAGAACAAAGCUCAGUGACAGAACGGCUGUCUCCACUCUUGAGCCGGAGGAAGACAGUGUCUGAAGCUCAGACCCCAAACCAGGCGCUCACUGAACAGACCCAGACUGAGGGGAAACCUGCAGAGGAUAGACACAACCCAUUCAAAGCUCCUCAAGUUAUCCGUAAAAUCAGGACUCAUAUCAUUGUGCCAUAG